GUUUCGACAUCUUCAGAUGUAUCAUCCGCAAUAGUUGCAGUGAGUGUGAUGGUGCCAGUGCCCAAAAUAGAUAGCUAAGAGCAAAUAGCAAAUCAGUGCUGGCGCUGGUACAACGCUAUUGAAGGCAAGUGUCCAACUUUUUCUUUUCAAUUUGCAGGAGAUGUUCGAGGAAGCAUCCAAAAUUGCAGUCGAACAUGGCAGUGGUACGAUAGAAACUUUGGGGUUGCCAAUUCCAGGUACUGUCUCAGGUCGGUGUUUGAGGCUCGAUGCGAGAUGAUUCUGCUAACGAAACUGCCCGAUGCGAUAGACCUGAGGCGCUAUCAAGCUGUUGAGGCGGUACUAUACGACUUGCAUAGCCUACCCAGCAAUUAUCGCAGCAGCAGUUAUACGUGCAUAAGAGAUAAAGCACAUUCUUAUAAAUGUGGUUCAAUCAUGUUUGGAGCAUCGAAGAAACAGCUGGAUGAUUGGUCGCUCUCGUCUCCGCGCCCGGAAAUCCCAUUCCACAAUACGACUCUUCAUGAUAUCUACGCCAAAGUCCGGAGAGUGAGCUCUCCUGUCUGGCUUGAUUCAGAGCGCAGCGGUCAGCUGUUUCCACCUCCAUGAAAUCGUCAUGGA